AUGACCAACGUAACACGCUUACCGGACGAUGUAAUCUGUCUGAUUCUGGAGAGCAAGAACAUUAGCAUAAAAGAUGUCGUGAAUUUUAGCUUAACUUGCAAGCUAUUCUACAUGUCUAUUAACAACAACAACGCCCUAUGGAGAAACAAGUUUUUUCAGAGAUGGCCUGCUUUAAAGACAAUUUGUAACAAACAUUGGUGCGAUGGAAAUACAAAUGUUAGGGAAGAAGUAAUGGAACGAGUAAAAUGUAGACAAAAAUUAUUGGAUUAUAUUUCGGAGUUAUACAACAGGAAUUACUAUAAAGGAGAUCUAAGUUUCAGUGAUAUGUUGAACUUUAAGCACAUAUUCUGCAUAGAAGGAGUACAUACAUAUCCUUUGAAAUUUUACUACCUUGAAGAUGAAGUAAAUGAGAUUCUUCGAGGUAAUGAAUGGAAUAGGCAUACUAACUUGAGAAAUAAAUAUUACGCCCGAAAGAUUUUUAUGUACCUGAGAGAGUGUCACUUACGAAGUAAGUGGCAGAAAUUUAUAAGUCAACCUGCUGCACAACAUGUUUCAGAAUGGACAGCAACUUUUAUGGCACAAUGGUGCAAACCUCAAGAACAUGUGUCUUAUUCACAUGUAGCAGCAUCAUUGGACAAUAUUGCACAGCAAGCAUUAGAAAUACUUCAAAAUGAAUAUCCUAACCAUUCGAUAUUUUCGGUGUCUCCGGAAAAACUUUCUUUCUGGAGAAUCAAUAUGAAUAAUGACAAUCAAUGGGACAAAACAGAAACAAAGCAGAUUUUAGAGGUUAUUUGCAGGGUUAUGUUUCACGAUUUAGAUUUUCGUGUAUUUAGCAACUCUGAACGAGCUAGUUCAAAUUAUAAGAACUUUAUAGAUAAUGUUUUAGAAGAUAAGCGUGGUGAUAUUUUAAUGCUGACAAUAAUAUUUGAAAGUGUGGCAAGAAGACUGGGUGUACCAUGCGAUUAUUUCACUUUUUCAAAUUACUUCUCCUUGGUUUGGAAAGAGAAAUGUUAUGAGGCAUCACUUGAAAGUGAAAAUUAUUAUUAUAUUGACAUUUUUUCCAAUGGGACUAUUUUAAACAAAGUACAAUGUCCCAGAUUUUAUACUGAUAUUGCACGUUACAUAACGUGUCCUUUAAAGAACUGCAAAGUACCCAAACCAACUCCAGCACAGUUGAUAGUACGGCUGUUAAACUAUGUGCACUUUACGUGCAAAGAAAAUGACAGAAAGAAAGCAGAAAGGAGUCGAUUGAUACAGGAGCUCCGACAUAUGGUAAAUCCAGAAGAUUUGGAAGGAGUUUCAUGGCUAAUUGGUAUUUAUUUAUCAUAUAGAAUGGAUGUAACGAAUAUCGUGACGUCAUUACGAAGUAUACAGGAUAUGGACACAAAUUCGUUGGAGAUAAAGGCAAGAGCUAAAGUGGUAUUAGAUAGGCUUGAAAAGAUACAAAAGAAAAUGCAUCCGAAUGUGAUAGUACCAAAAGAGAGGUCGAAAUACGUGAACUAUGCAGUUGGAAUGAUCGUGGAAUUCGAUGACUAUACAUGCGAACCUACACGCAUAGGCGUGAUAGUGGGAUGGGGUAGGGAUGUAUCGUCCGAGCGAAUUAGAUUAUAUAAUCAGGAUCGACAACAUUAUAGAAUAACGAGAACAAUACCGCACUAUGAGGUAUUCUUUGGCGACGAUAAAACCUUUUACCUUCCUCAAGUUUGUAUAAAUCCAGCGAAAAAACCGACGUGGAUCGAUCACAGUGAGAUCGGCCGAUACUUUAGUCAUUUUCAAGGAACUCACUAUACUCCAAAUCAAAAGUUGCUGGAAGAAUAUCCAGACGAUUUUGCGGUUUUAAAGGAAUAUUGCGAUCGUUAUGCAUAGAAUCAGAACGUAGGAACGUUCGUAAGUUAAAACCGUUCCAAGGUUAAUAUACAGUCGAAGGAAAAAUAUGAAAAAAGGACUUCACCAUUCUGAUAUGAAGAUUUGGUAAUUAUGUCUAGGUAUACAUUAUUAUUAUUUAUAAUGAAAUAGGCAAUGCGCUAACAGUAAGGCCUGUAGCACAUGGAACGUUUGAGCAAUAGAAUCAAUAGAACAUAAGCAGUAAAUCUGUUGAAUAAUUAGAACCGAGAAUUAUAAGAAAAAAAACAAGUGAGAUUUGCCAUUUUGAGAUUCUCAAUUAUGAUUGAGUGAUCAGCUCUUUGCUCACGUUUUAAUACUUCAGUUUUGACAUAUACUAUCGGUCUAACUGGCAACCAGCGUCUUACAUAUGUGGAUGUGUUAUAUCUAUAAUAUCAGGGUAUCUCCUAACACGAGGAAACUACUUCUGAAUUGUCGGAAUUCUACGUUGGUAAGAACUUGAGAAAAUUCGGACAUACAUCUGUGCGAUUCUUUUUAUUCUUAUCUCGGUGUUUUGAACAUAUUUUCUAUAAUACUUCCCACGUGUUAACUAACGUUCUGCAUAAAACGAAAAAAUGUGUGGUAAAUAAUGAUAUGCAGAAAAAGUAUAAGUAUAAUAAGAAAAUUUACAAAUUACAAUCGAGUAUUCUUGGUAAAAUAUUCGAUACAUAAGAAGGAUCAUUAACUGUGAUUGGUGAAUUUAUUUAUUUACGUUUUUCUAUGUGCUCUUGGCUUAAGCUUGGGAAGGAUCUCUAUUUCAUUUUCUAUGUUAAGCCUUUUGUGUCCACGAUGUCAGAAAUCCGCCUGAGAUCUAGAUCUGAGAAAUAAGCAAUCAAUAUAUUUGCGGCUUUUACGGAAAGGCGACAGUUUUAUUGGCUACACGUUUCUCGGAUCGAGAUGUUGGACUGAUUUCUAGCAUCGUGGACAUAAGAUUUUGUAAGACAACAUCACACAUAGGAUUUCCUGUAUGCAGAGAUUAGAACAAAAAAAUGUGUGAAAAACAGUUAUUUGUAUACUCACACAAUUCAGUAUUAUCUUUAGUUACUGAGAAUUGGCAUUUAUGCGUAGUGGCAACAAUAUAUUUUUAUUUAAAAGCAAUUCGAUGUACAAAUAGUUAUUAUUAAAUGUAAGGUUUCUUAAGUUAAUAAAAAGAGAAACUUUUUACAUAUCUUUAAUAAAUAU